AUGAGCGACUUCGGCAAUUUUGGCGGCUCCGACGAGGAGAAUGCUGAGAUCAGGAAGCUAAAUCUUGAGGUGGAAGCCGAUCCCGACAACUUCGAGCAUUGGGAGAAGUUGGUGCGCGCCUGCGAGGCUUUGGAGGGCGGCCUAAAUCGCAACUCGAGCCCGCAAGCACUUGCUACCUUACGCGACUCAUACGAUCGAUUCCUACUCAAGUUUCCUCUACUUUUCGGAUACUGGAAGAAGUAUGCGGAUCUCGAGUUCAACAUUUCUGGCCCUGAGUCGGCUGAGAUGGUUUACGAGCGCGGAUGCGCUAGCAUCACGAACUCGGUCGAUCUUUGGACAGAUUAUUGCUCCUUCAAAAUGGAGACGACACAUGUGCCACAGCUUGUGAGAGAACUUUUCGAGAGAGCUGCCCUGUUCGUUGGCCUUGACUUCCUAGCCCAUCCUUUCUGGGACAAGUACAUAGAAUAUGAGGAACGACAGGAAGCACCGGAGAAGGUCUUUGCGAUUCUUUCGCGUGUUAUCCAUAUCCCCAUGCAUCAAUAUGCGCGAUACUACGAGAAGUUCCGCACUCAGUCGCAUCUUCGACCUUUAUCCGAACUGGUUACUGCCGAUAUUGUUUCUCAAUUCCGUGCUGAGACUGAGGCCGAAGCCGCGCCUUAUGGAGUGGUCAAAACUGAGCUGGAAGUCGAGCGUGACAUUCGCGCCAAAAUCGAUGCUAUGUUCUACGAGGUUUUCCAGAAGACACAGACCGAAACGACGAAGAGAUGGACCUACGAAUCAGAGAUCAAGCGACCCUACUUCCAUGUCACAGAGCUCGAGAGUCAGCAGCUUGUUAAUUGGCGCAAGUAUCUGGAUUUUGAAGAGGCUGAGGGUGACAUCUCACGCGUCACGUCACUAUACGAGCGAUGCCUAGUAACUUGCGCCUUUUACGAUGAAUUCUGGUUCCGAUAUGCCAGGUGGAUGCUAGCGCAAGAGAACAAGGAAGAGGAGGUCCGUAACAUCUACCUCCGUGGCGCCACUCUCUUCGUGCCCAUCAGCAGGCCUGGGAUCAGGUUGCAGUUUGCCUAUUUUGAGGAGAUGUGUGGGCGCGUGGACGUUGCUCGUGCAAUUCACGAAGCUGUUCUCCUCAAGCUCCCCAACUGCGUCGAGGCUAUCGUGUCCUGGGGUAACCUGGAGCGACGCCAGAGUGGACUGGAAGCCGCGAUCGAGGUGUACAAAGCACAGAUUGAUUCGCCCGAGGUAGACAUUUUCACCAAGGCAGCGCUCGUCACUGAAUGGGCCAACCUGCUGUGGACAGUCAAGGGCUCCGUGGAUGAGGCGCGGACUGUCUUCUUGAAGAACGUGCAGUGGUAUGCUGAUAGUCGACAUUUCUGGCAGAAGUGGCUCGACUUUGAGCUGGCACAGCCCACCAGCAUUGAGCAGGAGGCUGAGCAUAGUGAGCGCAUCAAGACCGUGUUUGAUGAGAUGCGCACCAGAAGCCGUAUGUCUGCGGCAACCAAGAAGGAGCUUUAUGAGGUUUACCUUUCGUACCUCCAACAACGUGGGGGCAAGGAAGCCAUGAAGCAAUUCCUGCUCAUCGACCGUGAGAUGUUUGGGCCACCAUCCAUCUCUGUUCUGUCCAAGUCCACGUUGGGCGUCAAAGAGAACGGCAUAGCUCUGGCAGAUCUCGACGAUGUCACUCGCCAGAAGGCGGAAGCUAGGUACUACACCUACUACGAGCAAUUCGUCGAGCCGGAUCCGAAUGCGCAGGGCCCUGCCGACUUCCAUUGA